CCGCGUUGCUCUUUUUUACUGUGUCUAUUUGUUUCCAGUAUAGAAACCAUGGACGCGGAGGGAAUCCCUUUACAGGACUUAAUUAAAAAACAAAACAAAAAAAAAACCUCAACAGCCAAUAGCAGAGCAGAGGACGGUGCUUCCCGCUCCGCCGUCCGCCCGCGGAGAGUAUUUAGAAGCGGAGUCCGCCCAGGAGAGCAGACAACAGGUGCACCAGGCAUGAACAGGCGCAGAGGGAAGGCAGUGGUGUUUUACGCAAUUAAUGAAAACUAGAGAUGCAACUUACAGGUGGAGAAUCAAAUGACUGGGACAAUAUGAGACUGCUGAGAGAUUUCGUAGGAAAGAGAAGACAUUGCCCCUCCAAGGGACAAAACGACACCCAUCAUGUCUCGUACAAGGAGUUUAGGAGGCGGAUCAUUCAGAGGAGCAGCAGUGAGGGUCCUGCAGAGAGUACACCGCUGGACACUGGGCGGCAGUGUGAGCCCAGCUUUGAGUUUGAUACAGUCUGUCAGAGACUGGAGCUGGAUUCUCCACCGAGACACCACGAACAAGCACAGAGAGUCCUACAUGGAAACCUUCAAGAGAAAGCGUUGGUGGGAGGCAUGUCCCACUGUGGGGCUGUCACACCAGGCACCUUCACUGCCAGGGGACGGCUUGCCACAGAAAACCCCCCAGAACAGGGAGGGGUGUGGAGAGCUGCAGUUCAAGAACAUGAAAAUGCUCAACAGGCUGGUUCUGAUGAGAAAAGACAUAUUUUGCAGCCGUUUGCUAUUCUGGACAAACCUUCCGUCAGUCAGCAGGGAAAAUCUAUGAUAAAGUUGGCAGCACCGUCACUGCUGAACGACUACUACACUAAUCUUCUCGACUGCAGUUGUAAUGGUAUGAUAGCAUUAGCCCUGGGCUCUUGUGUUUACCUUUGGAAUUCAGAAACUCGUGGUCUGGUGGGAUAUUUGGACCUGAGAUCACGGCCAGGGCAAGCGUACCAUCAGAUGCAGUCCAUCUCGUGUCUGAGCUGGAGCAGAGAUGGCAGAGCUCUGUGCGUUGGGACCAGGAGAGGGGAGAUACAGUUGUGGGAUGUUGAACACAAGCAGAAUAUGAGGUGUCUGCCAUCACACCUCUCUGUGGUCAGAGCUCUUGCCUGGAAACAGCAGUUACUCAGCAGCGGCUCUGUUCUCGGACAUAUCCAUCACCUUGACCCUCGGGCUCCUACACCUCUGGUGGGUGCAGCUGUCCAGAAGGAGGGGAUCUGCAGCCUCCAGUGGUCACCGGGAGACGACUGGCUGGCCAGCGGCUCCACAGAAGGCCACCUCUAUAUAUGGGAUAGUGACAUCACAAGGUCACGUCAGCCAAUCACUACGAUGAAACAGCCCAGCGCUGUUAAGGCAAUGGGAUGGUGUCCAUGGCAGAGAAAGAUGAUCGCCACAGGAGGUGGAUGGAAAGAUGGAGAGUUGAGAAUCUGGGACACAGAUUCAGGGACUUGUGUGACUUCCGCCAACACAAAUUCUCAGAUCUGUUCUCUACGAUGGGCUGAAAAGAAGAAAUAUCUGGUCACAGGUCACGGCCUUCCUCAUCACCAAGUUAACUGCUGGUCCUGGGAAUUUCCCUCCCUCACCCCCAUCUACCAGCUCGCAGGUCACUCUCAUCGAGUCCUGCACUUGGCCAUAAACCCUGACAGCACUCACAUUUUCUCUGCUGGAGCGGACCAGCAGUUUCACAUCUGGGACAUGUAAUUAUCAACAUGGCCGGUGAAUGUUGUUGAAGAAGUUACUCAAAUUCUAUACAAAUAUUUCUUUAUUAUUAUAAUUUCUACUACAGAUAAGAUUACUUUUUGGCUAACAGGGCAUUUAUAUGAAAAUAGUACGGGAUAUAUCUCAAAUAACAGACAAGAAAGUAAUCCCCUGGUCAUACAGCUCAGGCAGAUAGAGUAGCUCAGUCACUAGCAUUAACAUUAAAAGACUGUCAGCAGGGAGGUUGUGUGUGGAAAUAGUAGUAUGAUUUGAAUAGCACCUUUCAAGCAAGAAGCAAAGAUUGCUUUCCAAUGCAGAGAAACAGCAUAAAAAGACAAUCACACCUAUAAAAUCAACAACAUAAGAAGACAUACUGUCCAUCCUAAAACUAGAAGGGCACUCAGAGAGCACAGACCUUGGCCAAGGCCAAUAGUCCAGUCUAGAAUAUGACAUGCAAAUCUGCAAGCGCCACCACUAUACAGUAUAUGUCUGAAUAUAUUUCAAAAACUUUUAGAUUUAUGUUAAAAUUUGUUUUUUUUUCAUCAUCUCAGCUGUGCAUUUAUUAUGUACUUCUAAAUUGGAAAUAUUUCACAUACUUAACAUACACUUGUGAAAACCAGAAGAACCAGCAGAUAGGAUCAUGUUGCAUAAUGCAGAUUAGAGGGUUACGCUGUGUAACGCUAAUACAAUAAAUAUAUUGUGAUAAUAUAUCGUGAUAAUCAAUCACACAAACAAAUAAAUGAAAUUCAGCAUCUAAAUGUCGCCACUAUGUAUCUGUCUGCAAACUUCUGCACGACCAAAAUCCAUAAAGCUAAGCUUUGGCUUAGCUUUGUGUAGCGCCCUAAAGCCCCACCUAGUGCAAAAGUCAUGCCACGACACUGGUUACUAAUGCCCAUGAAAACUAAUUUGUGUAUCCGUGAUUCGGAGCCGCUCCAAAAUUCAUUGGUUUCUUUCUUGGCCUAUGCUACACCCUUUUACCAAGUUUCAUGAAAAUCAGGCCAGUAGUUUUUCUGUAAUCCGCUAAAAGACAAACAAAGCAACAAACAGACAAACCGCAAAACUUAACCUUCUUAGCAAAGGUUAUUAUGUAAACGAAUAUGUCUAGUGGUCAGACAAGGAGGCAAGUCAAAAAAAAAAUUAUUUUAAGGCAUGAUUUAAGAUGAGAAAGUGAACAAAUACUAACUGGAGGGCUGUUCUAAAGCCAGUACAGCAAUCAUCCCCUCAAUUAUGACUUUAAUCUGAAUUUAAGCAGCCUUUGUGGACAGUAAGCUUUCACAAAUUCACUAAUGUACUCUGACGCAUAGCCCUGUAAAGCCUUGUAUAUAAUGAAAAGGAUUUAAAAAAAAUUUAUAUUGCCAGUGCGAAGAAGCUAGACUUUGUGUUCAGGCUCAGGAGAAUGGUUAAUGCAAUUUCUCAUCGUUGUUGAAGUUAUAAUUUUGAAAGAAACUCACUUUGAAAUCAAUUACUGUGCAUGUGGAACUAAUUAACAUUUAUGUAUUUAUUUAUGUAACUUGAAAAAAUUAUGUUUUGUUUCAUGUAGGCUAUGUUAUUUCUUUCUUGCCUACACCUUAAAGCUAACAUAAUGGGAUAUGUACAGUACAAAAACUCUAGGGGAAACACUGUACAGAAUAAACCUUUUUUAUAUGUGGAACAAUUAAA